AUGAUAUUUCCGGAGACGCUGGUGCUGGUCAAGAGUUUAGAGAGCCGAGAGGAAACGCACCGAACUGAGUUCAGACGAGAGCUGGAGAUGUUCAGCAAACUCAAUCACGCUCACAUCGUACGACUGCUGGGAAUCUGCAGAGAAACCCAACCUCAUUACAUGAUCCUGGAAUAUGUGGAUCUGGGUGAUCUCAAACAGUUCCUCAGAAUAUCAAAAAGCAGCGAUGAGAAACUCAAGCCGCAUCCCAUCAGCACUAGAACUAAAGUCUCCAUCUGUGCUCAGGUGGCUCAUGGGAUGCAGCAUUUAUCAAACAGGGGUUUUGUGCAUAAAGACCUGGCAGCCAGGAACUGUCUGAUCAGCGGACAGAGACACGUGAAGGUGUCUGCGCUCAGUCUGAGUAAAGACGUCUAUAACAGCGAGUACUAUCAGCACAGGCAGGUGUGGAUCCCGCUGCGCUGGCUGCCGGCUGAGAGUGUGUUUGAGGGAGAGUUCUGCAGUAAGGCAGACGUCUGGGCGUUCGGGGUGCUGAUGUGGGAGGUGUUCAGUCUGGGCGAGCUGCCGUACCCCGCGCUCAAUGACCACCAGGUGCUGGAAGGUGAGCAGACGUGUGAUGUCACAUGA